AAUACAACAGAUUCCUUUCUCUCUCCUACAAUUCUUCUGACUUCUCCCUCAAGUUUCUAUUCUUCUUCUUCUUCUUCUUAUCUCUUUCUGGAAUUCUGACUUCCAUUACUGGAGAGCUCGAAGCUCCCACAUCAUUGUACUCCAUGGUCGUUACCAAUGGAAGCCUGGAGGGAAAGAGAACGAAAGGGAGAGGGAUGUCCUUGUGUACUCGGUUCUGACACCCUAUAUUCUACCCAGUUGAACAAUGCCCACAACUUGUUCGACGAAAUGACCUACGAUCAUCUCGUUUAUGUAUCAGAUUGUCUAGAUGUUCGUGUGAUGGUUUGAUCUUAAUGAUGAAUAAUCUUCUAAAUAAGUUCGUUGUUUCUGAUUACACCAACAACAAGGGAGUUUAAGGAACAAAUGGUGUUGCUGAUGCCUGAUGAGAAACUGGCAAUGUACAAUUUGGAACAACAACUUUCUUAAGGAUAUUCUAGUUGGUGGCAUUAAUAAAUUUCAGGUGAAUUUGUGGUAGGAGCCUCAUUGCAGUAAUGAAGCUGUGUGAGAAACUGACAACUGAGAAGCUAGGUUUCAGACUUUCAGUUACUACUAAGGAGCGCAUGACAUAACAUUGGCAGCUAAGAUAACUACAUUUUAUACAAUGUCUGCCAAAAAAGUCGAACAACAAGAACAAGAGAUUAUGUUUCCAGAUGAGGUCAUGGUUGACUUAUUCUCAAGGCUACCUGCAAAAUCCAUUGGUCGAUUUCGGUGUGUAUCAAAGCCAUGGAAAUCUCUUCUUUCCCAACCCCACUUCACCAAAACCCGCCUCAACCGAAUCAAAAAUCUUCAAAUUGAUGAUGAAGAAUCACUAGUAAUCCUUGUUUCCCGUGAUUCCGGCUCACUCUAUUCUGCCCAGAUGAAAAAUGCACACCACCUGGUCAACGAAAUCACCGUUUCUGCUACCGAGCUCACAGUUGGUGAUCACUAUUUUGAUCCAUCCUCCAUUCAAAUGGCUUCUUGUGAUGGUUUGAUCUUAGUUAUGGAUGAACAAAAUAAGUUGCUAUUAAUAAAUCCAACAACAAGGGAGUUUAAGGUAUUGCCAAGCUCUCCUGAUGCUCUUGAUCCUCUUAAUUGGGGAAUUGGGUAUGACUCAGUUGCUGAUGAUUAUAAGGUAGUUGUAAUCUCUUAUUACACAAGUGAUUAUAUGAUGUAUGUUAAUGUUUAUUCAGUCAAAAAUAAUACUUGGAAGAGAGUUGAGAAUUGUCCGUUUGACCAUCCAGAUGUAGAGGAGGGCAAAUCCGUAGUUUCCAUUAAUGGGCAUAUCUAUUGGGUAGCUGAUGUAGGAGACCUUUCUAUUGCAGGAUUUAAUUUAGAGGAAGAAGAGAUUUAUGAUGUAAACUUUUCUGGUUAUGUUAAUAGUAAGGACACUACUACUACUACUAGGAACUCUACAGACUCUGAUGAAUCUGAUGAACCUUAUGAUUGCUCCGAAGAGUGUCAACUUGACGACCUGGUGGCACUUGGAGGGUGUCUUUGUUUUUAUCCAGAAAGUACUUCAGACACAUGUCAUGAAAUGUUUGUUGCGAUGAAGGAAGAAUAUGAUGGCAAGGAAUGUUGGACUAGAAUCUCAUUCAAUGAGUGUAGGUCAUUGUUUAGGCCUAUAUGUUUAUUGGGGAGGAAACAGAAACAGAAACAGAUGGUGUUGGUGAUGGAUGAGGAGGAUACCAAUGAGAAAUUGAUGAUGUACAAUUUCGAAGAAGAAACUUUUAAGGAUAUCGUAGUUAAUGGCAUUCCAGAAAGUUUUGGUGUUGGUGGGAGCUUCAUGGAGAGUCUUGUCUCGCCUCAUUGCAGUAGCGAAGCUGUCUGAGAAUGUUAAUUAGCAGCUAAUUAGUACUCUACAUGAUUGUUGAAUUUCUUGUUGCCUAGUUUCCUUCUUAAUCACAGUUGUUCUACCAUAACAAACUUGUGAGUUCUCAGUAAUGUUUUAUUUCUGUACGAUAACUACUUUAUUACUCCGUAAAUGUGAUUUGGUAUGUUUUACUCUC